AUGGGUAUCACCGACUUCUUCUCCGACGUCUGGGAGACCUUCUCCCACCCCUCGGCCGACGCCGAGGGCCAACCGCCCGUCCAAGGUGGCACCAGCACCCAGACGCCUGCGUCCGGCACCGACGAGGAGAGCGGCGACGAGGCCGAGGUCAACAAGCAGGAUGCGAAGAAGGGCGGCGACUCGGGCGAGCAGGGACACAAGCCGAGCGGCGAUGACGAGGAUGAGCCCGAGGAGGAGGAAGAGGACGAGGAGGAGCCCGACCCAAAGGAGAAGCUUGAGCAGGAAUGCGCCGAGUCCAAGGAAUGCCACGGCCCCAAGCACCACUACGACGAGUGCGCCCAACGGGUAACAGGCCAGAUCGAGAACGACGGCAAGGCCAGCGAGGACUGCGUUGAAGAAUUUUUCCACCUUGCCCACUGCGCGUCCCAAUGCGCCGCCCCCAAGCUCUUCGCCCAGCUCAAGUAA